AUGAGUCUGACCCGAGGCCACUCUUGUGUGCUGUGUCAGCAGCGCAAGGUCCGUUGCGAUCAACAGAAACCCUGCACGAAUUGUAUUCGCGCCCAGGUUGAGUGCAAGGUUGUACCUCCCCAACCAGGGCGAAGAAAGAGAAGGAAAAUUCAGGAAGAGGACCUGACCGAUCGGUUAAAAAGAUAUGAGGCCCUUAUGACCCGCAACGGGGUCGACUUCAAAACCGUUGACAGCGAUGCGACCGGGGAUCAACCGGAGAAUGCCAGUAGGGAUGAGCUAAACCCAUCCCCUGGGACCGAUGCACCAAAUCCCGACAAUAGAGAUAAUGCGAGCCAGAAAAAGUGA